AUGGAAAAUUUCCAGCAGAAGAUUGAAGCACUCUUGGCUCUUGCCCGAAAAAAACAACAAGAAGAACAAUCAAAUCAAGUAGAAGUAAGGAUAGAAGAAACUAUUCCAGAAGAAAAGUCUAGCUUAAAGGACAUUUGGCGAAAAAUGGGUUCUGCGGAUUCAAGUUCCACCCCCGAUAAUGGAGGAAAGAAUAAGAAAAGAGCAACAAGACCCAAGAGAUUAGGUUCAGGAAAAAAAUACUCAAAUAAGAAAUUAAAUCAAGCAAACAAGAUGGAUAUACCAACGUUACUUGAAAAACUUCGUUGUUCUACUAUUGACGAAGUUGAUAAAGAAAAUAUCUCACCAUUUUUGUAUAGAAAAAAAUUUGAUUCAAAGACUGACUCUCCUUGUUCAUCUAGUCCACCUUCAAGUCCACCUUCAAGUCUACCUUCAAGUCCACUUGAUCCCAUGGUUAAAACCCAUACCAUUAACUAUUUCCAUCAAUAUUCGAAUAUUAAUUCUUCUAACGAAGUUAUUAUGAAUAAAUCAAUAGAUUAUGAUAUGAUGGAUGUUAAAAACAUUAAAAGUAGAACAACCACCAUGAACAUUUCAAUUAUUACUCCUACAAAAAUCAAUCAAUAUUUUAAUGUUCCUGCUGCCGUACGAAAUACUCCUCAUAAUGUUCCUGCCGUAAGAAACAUUUAUCAUAAUCAUAAUGUAACUCCUCCAAAUAAAAAUGGUGAUAUAGCUGGUUAUUUCAGUAUUGAGAAAGGAAAAUUUAAGGAAACGAAAAUCAUCACACAUAAUUCUUUGAAUGAUGCUUCACCAGAUACUCGUCGUAUAUUGGAAGCAGCCCAGAUUCAUGGUAGUGGAAGAAUCAAUUUGUUUAGUGGUUAUGUCAUGGAAAACGUGUCGGAAAGGUAUUAUAGAUCCGAUUUUUCUCAAUCAUGCCUACUUUUACAAUUCACGGAUAAACGAUUUCAACCAGCUCAUGACUUGACUAUUGGGGUGGAAUUUGGAGCUCGAUUUGUGGAUGUUGAAGGAAAGAAAAUUAAACUUCAAAUUUGGGAUACGGCUGGGCAGGAAUCUUUUAGAAGUAUAACGAGAAGUUAUUAUCGUGGUGCCGCUGGGGCCUUACGUGAUACUUUUGAUCAUCUUCUCAUUUGGCUUGAAGAUGCUCGUCAACACUCCAAUUCCAAUACAACAAUAAUGCUUAUUGGAAAUAAGAGUGAUCUCGAUUCUAAACGUGCAGUAUCUUAUGCAGAAGGCGCAGCUUUUGCUCGACAACAUGGAUUAUUUUUCAUGGAGACAUCCGCAAAGACGGCGGAAAACGUUGAAGAUGCAAACGGAAUCAAAAGGGGCAUGCAUUUGCAACCGGGAGCAAAUACCAUACCUCUCAACGUUUCAUCAGGUGGUAAUAAUUGUUGUAAUACUGGUUAA